AUGACACUGAACAUGUCUUAUAGGUUUGAGUACUCGAAGACGAGUCGUGGUUCUUGCAAAUCAUGUGGUCAAACCAUUGAACAAGGUGAGUUAAAAUAUGGCAAAGAAGUCAAGUCUCGUUUUCACGAUGGGGUAGAAGUACAAUGGAAUCACGGCGAAUGUAUCAAAAACACAAGCGCCUUUAAAAACACCAAACUGACAACCACAAAAGGAUGGGACAAACUGAGAUGGGACGACUUUCUUGCUCUUAAAGAGGAAAUGCAAGACGACUUUCCAAUGACUGACGAUCAAGAAAAGGAAUUCAAAGAAAUCAAUGAAAGGUUUUGGGAAGCUCGCGACAAACUUUCUGGCGUUACUCCCAAAAUCAUACGACAGUUAAUGGAAGAGAAUGGACAAAAGUUCGACAAGAAAGUUGACAACGACACUGUAUUAGAUGCUUGUGCCGACGCGUUAGAGUUUGGUCUUCUCGAUGAGUGCCCACAAUGCCAUUGUAAAAUGUUAUCCAAUCAUUUAGUUCGCAUAGUCUGCCAUGGUAACAUGACUGAAUUUGUGAAGUGUGACUACACCACUCCGGACUUGAAAAGUAUCAAGCGCUUUAAAGCAACUAUUGGUGAGAAACUUGCUAAAAUAGACAAGAAAAAGAUCUUAAGUGAGUGGGAAUUCCCAGAGGAUUAUCCUAAAGACGACGCACCAGCCACCACUGGUGCUGCGACCGAGGCUAAAGCUGAAAAUGAUACUACUCCAGAGGAUGACGUCCCUGUCCACAAAGAAUUGAUUGGAAUGAGUAUAUUUGUACAAGGCACUAAGAAAGAGUUAGGAGACACUAUCAGUGCUUGGCAAGAGAUGGUGAAGUCAUAUGGAGGAACUGUCGUUAAAAAUGCAGCUGAAGCUUCCGUUUGUUUGUCCACGUCAGCGGACAUGAAUUCCUCAAAGAUGACAACAGGUAUGAAAGACGCAAAAGAGACAUUGACUUGUUUAACAUUGGAAUGGGUUGACGAGCUUACGGAGCGAAAUGAAGGGUUUAUGAAAUUGAGGACCAAAGAAGGUGCUGAGAAGUACUUAUGUGAGAAUUGCGAGUGGAAGACUGAAAUAGUCAAAGAGAAGUACCAUGCCCCCAAGGGUAUUGUUAAAGAGACUUUUAAGCCAACUGCGGACUCUGAAAUUUUGAAGGUCCAUUCACUUAACUCAAUGGAAGGAUACCACUAUGUUUACUAUGAAGACGACCCUGUUUAUGGAUGGACUGUUUACAACGUUGUAUUAUCAAAAACUGAUAUGGACACAGGUGCAAAUUCUGUAUAUAACAUGCAGAUAGCAGGAAACGGGACGAAAAGAUAUCAUAUGAUAUGGCAAUGGGGAAGAAUUGGAUCUUCAUUAAAAGAAACAACAAGGCAAGGAACCAUCGACGAAAUGAAGAAAGAAUGGGAAACGAAAUUUGAGGAGUGCACUGGAAAUCGAUGGGCCGACAGAACGAAUUUCCAGAAGAAAGGUGGGCGCUAUUUCAUGCAAGCCUUAGACACCGGAAAGGACGACGCUGAUGCAAAGAAAACGAUGUCAGCGGAGGCCAAAAAGAAGAUAGAAGAGAAGAAGAUUGAGAUUCAAAAGAGAGCGUCGGAGUUCAAGUUGGAUGCUCGGGUAGCCCGUCUUAUUAAAAUGAUCUUUGAUAAAGGUAUGAUGACUGCAACAUUAAAGAGUGCUGGUCUUAACGUAGCGAACAUGCCGCUUGGUAAAAUUAAAAUAGAACAGAUGAAAGAAGCCAUGAAAGUGUUAAGUAAAUUGUCUGAUGUGAUAUCAAAAGAUUCCGAGUUGGAUGAGAAGAUGAAAGAAGUGAUGAAGAAGGACUUGACUGCAAAGUACUACACAUAUGUCCCACAUGUUUUAACUGCUGGUGAGAUGAGACUUAUCGACACCGAUGAAAAGAUCAAGACGGAGUUGAAAUUGGUUGAAACAAUGUGUGAUGUUGGGGAAGCCAUGAAAUUGAUGGAAGAGGACGAAGGAAUGAAUUUCGAUGAACAAGCAGAAACGUUUUCACAUUACCAACAACUUAAAACAAAGAUCACGGCACUGGACAAGACGAGUGACAGAUACCAUUUACUUGAGGAGUUCUUCAUUAACAAUCAAGAAACCAAUUCAUAUAGAAAGCCAACCUCGAUUGUUGACAUCUUCGAAAUAGACAGAGAAAAUGAGAAACAACGAUUUGAACCUUUCAGCACUGAUGCUAAUCGACAGUUGCUGUACCACGGAAGUCGUCUUACAAACUUUGUUGGCAUCUUGUCCACUGGAU